AUGCCUUCCAACGAGAAGAUGGACGUCGAAAGGGCCCCUGUGGCUCUUGACAGCCAGCCGGAAGUGCUGGUCGGCGAGGUCAAGGACAUCCACAACGCCGAUGCCGCCCUCGACUUCCUACGGAACAGCGGCGACGUCAGGCCAAUGACCGCCGGGGACGAGCGAGCGCUGAAGCGCAAGAUUGAUUGGCGCAUCGUACCGCUCAUGUUCGCCUGCUACAUUCUCCAGUACCUCGACAAGACCCUGAUCAACUACGCGAACGUCAUGGGCCUGCAGGCCGACACGAAUAUCGAGGGUGACCAGUACUCGCAGCUGGCCAUGAUCUUUUACGUGAGCUACCUGGCGUUCGAGUUUCCCCACGCCUGGGGCAUGCAGAGGUUCCCCACCGCCAAGUAUAUCGGCAUCAUGGUAUGCUUGUGGGGUGCGGUGUUGGCAUCCACCUCGGCUUGUCAUGAUUGGGCCGGUUUGGUUGCGACGAGAGUCCUCCUUGGUGUCUUUGAAAGUGCCGUUGCACCUUCGCUCAUUGUGAUAACGACCAUGUGGUACAAACGACAAGAACAGCCUCCCCGUAUGGGCAUUUGGUAUCUCGGCACAGGAUGCGGGACGAUCGUCGGCUCUCUGAUUUCCUUCGGCUUCCAGCACUAUACAAGCUCGAGCUUCACUUCUUGGCAGAUCAUGUUCCUCGUCUGCGGUUUGAUCACCAUUGCCAUUGGCGUCACGGUGGUUCUCGUCCUCCCCGAUAACCCCAUGAGCGCUCGGUUCCUCUCCCAGGAAGAAAAGGUCUGGGCUAUUGAGCGUCUGCGAGAAAACCAGACAGGCGUCGAGAACAAGCACUUCAAAUGGCCGCAGUUCAUCGAGUGCUUCACGGACGCGCAAACCUACCUCCUGGCGCUCAUUACCAUCGCCUCGAACGUUCCAAAUGGCGCCAUAUCGUCGUUUCAGGCCACCAUCAUCAAGGGGUUCGGGUACACUUCCAAGGAGACGGCAUUGUUGUCCAUCCCGUCGGGCGCGGUCAGCAUCGUUUCUAUUCUGGCAGCAACAAACGUCGCGGGCCGUUUCAACCAGCGGGCCAUCAAUAUAGUCUGUCUCCUCGUCCCCGGAGUCAUCGGCGCCGCGCUCAUGGCUUUCCUCCCCGCCGACAACAAGGCGGGCAGGCUUAUCGGCAACUACAUGACGAACUGCAUUGGCGCGUCACUCCCUCUUCUCUACUCCUUGGUUGGCGCCAACUAUGCCGGGCAUACAAAGAAGGUCACUAUGAAUGCCACCCUGCUCGUCUGCUUCUGUAUCGGUAACAUCAUUGGACCUCUAACCUUCACGGCCGAAUCCGCCCCUGAAUACGUUCCUGCAAAAAUUGCAAUCAUUGCUACAUGCUGUUUGGCCAUUCUCUUCACCUUGACGCUGAGAUUCUACUACAUCAGGGAGAACAAGCGACGUCAGAGACUUGCGGAAAACCAGGAGCUUGGACACUUGAAAGAUGUCGAGUUCAGUGACAUGACCGACCGCCAAAAUAAGGAGUUCAGGUAUUCAUUGUAA